AUGUCUUUUUUGGUUCCAUGUAUAUAUAUAUAUAUGCGUAACUCCAAUACCCUUUGUUCCCAUCCUCCAAAUAUGGACAUUUCUUCUUUCUCAUUUCUUAGUCCCGAAGAUUUUUGUAGUAUUAGUACUAACCCCUGGUUCCAAGACCUGGAUAACGGGUUCAACAAAAGGCGUAAGAAGGAAGAUGAUUCCAAGGGUGGCUUUGGCAAUGGGUGUUUCAAUGAUGAAGGAUUGAAGAAGAGUGGGUUUGGUGAUAUACUAGCUUCGUUGUUGUUAUUAGAAGAAGAAGCUAAGCAAGAAGAGGCAGAGUGGAUGAGUGAAUCCCAACAAGAGAAAGCUUUGUUUGAAUCCAAUCACAAAAGAAAAGUUCAAGCGAUGAAUGAGUUUUACGAUCAGCUUCAACAACAUUACUCUGAAACUGUGAAACCAUCUUGGAAAUCUGUGUCUGCUUUGGCUGCCACUGUUGCAACGACUUCAGGGAAUGACACGACAACGAAGGCGGAGGUGGCAGUGGCGGGGGGUCAACAAAGGAGGUUAUGGGUGAAAGAUCGAUCAAAGGAUUGGUGGGAUCGUUGUAACCAUCAAGAUUUCCCGGAGGAAGAGUUCCGAAAGGCGUUUCGGAUGAGUAAAUCGACGUUCGGGUUAAUAUGCAGGGAAUUAGAGCCGGUGGUGAUGAAGAAGAAUACUAUGCUGAGAGAUGCAAUACCUGUUCGACAACGAGUAGCUGUUUGUAUAUGGAGGUUGGCAACAGGGGAGCCACUUAGACUUGUUUCAAAACGAUUUGGACUUGGGAUUUCAACUUGUCAUAAGCUGGUAUUAGAGGUAUGUUCAGCGAUAAACAAUGUCUUGAUGCCCAAGUUUCUUCAAUGGCCUGAUGAGAAGAAAAUGAAAGAAAUUAAUGAAGAAUUUGAGUUGAUAUCGGGGGUACCAAAUAUAGGAGGUUCAUUGUAUACAACUCAUGUACCAAUUAUAGCACCUAAAGUUAAUGUAGCAGCUUAUUUCAAUAGAAAGCAUACAGAAAGGAACCAGAAGCCUUCUUAUUCAAUUACAGUACAAGGAGUGGUUGAUCAAAAAGGGAUUUUCACAGAUGUUUGUAUUGGAUGGCCUGGUUCAAUGCCUGAUGAUCAAGUGUUAGAGAAGUCUGCUUUGUUCCAAAGGGGUUUGAAGGAUGUUUGGAUUGUUGGGAAUUCUGGGUAUCCUUUAAUGGAUUGGGUUUUGGUCCCUUAUACACAUCAAAAUUUGACUUGGGCUCAACAUGGUUUCAAUGAAAAAAUGGGUGCGGUUCAAAAUGUUGCUAAAGAAGCAUUUGCUAGAUUAAAAGGGAGGUGGUCUUGCUUACAAAGGAGAACCGAGGUGAAGCUUCAAGAGUUGCCAAUGGUGCUUGGAGCUUGCUGUGUUUUGCAUAAUAUUUGUGAGACGAACAAUGAAGAUAUGGACCCCGAAUUACAGUUUGAGCUAUUUGAUGAUGAGACGAUAGCUGAAAAUAACUUGAGGUCUUCUAAUGCUGUGCUUGCUAGGGAUAAUAUUGCCCAUAAUCUGUUACACCACGGUCUUGGUGGAACUAGUCUUCUGUAGUAUCUCAAUAACAUGUCAUAGUCCAUUAUGUAAAACUCAAAGCAAUAAAAGUCUAAAAGCUUAUUACACAAAAGAA